UUGUGGCGCUAAGAGAGGAAGAGAACUGAAAUAGGAUCGCGUUUUUUUCUCUGUGGUUUGUACUCGUAAUAUCGAGUGGCAGCGUGUUCAGAGGGUUAGAUCAGUCACCUCGAUGCAGAGCACAACCUCUCCAUCACCUCUCAGCAUGGGGGACGAAGACUACGCUUCAGAUUAUUAUUACUAUGAAAAUGAGACUAACAUUACUGAGAAUGACACUUAUGAAAAUGGCUGUGGUUUCUCCGCCCUGCCCGGCUCCCACAUUUUCCUGCCCACCAUGUAUUACCUGAUAUUCUUCACUGGAUUCUGGGGCAACAUCUUUGUGAUCGUGGUGGUGGGAAGCAAAGGCAAAAGAGCGGGUCGCCUGGUGGACAUCUUCGUCUUGAACCUGGCCAUGGCUGACCUGGUCUUCGUCCUCACGCUGCCUCUUUGGGCCCUCUCUUCCAGCCAGAAGAACGGCUGGGACUUUGGGUUUCCCAGCGAGUUCCUGUGCAAGCUGAGCAGCUACAUCAUCUCUGUCAACCGCUUCUCCAACAUCUUCUUUCUCACCUGCAUGAGCAUUGACCGCUACCUGGCAAUAGUGAAGAUGAUGGAUUCAAGGUACCUCAGGAGUAGUAAGUGCAUCCGCAUUACUUGUGCUGGGCUCUGGAUCAUCUCUGGCAUCCUUGGCACUCCCUCUCUGAUCUACCGAAAAGUGGCGCCAUCUGCAGGCGGUCAGUCCUGCCUCGAAGAUGAAACUUUGGUGCUCCUGAUCGGGAUGAAUCUGGGCAUGGUGUUCCUCACGUUCAUCUUCCCAGUGCUGAUCAUCAUGGUCUGCUACGGAACCAUCAUCAUGCACCUCAACAGGCACUGCGCCGCUGCUGGGAACGCCCGAGCCGAGGCUCGCCGCAGACACUCACUGAAGAUGGUCCUCUGCAUCAUCGUGGCGUUUGUGGCGACCUGGCUGCCCUACAACACCUUCAAGUCCAUCAAAAUCAUUUUCUAUCUCUCAGAAGGCGAUCUGAGAUGUAAAGCAUGGCUGCACAACGGGUUCCUCAUCUCCUGCUGCUUGGCUUUUCUCAACAGCUGCGUGAACCCGGCCAUCUACUUCUUCUUGGACCACCACUUCAGGCGACGGGUGAAGUUCCUGUUCCAGAGCUGCAUCGGGAAGACAAAGAUGCUGCAGAGCUUCAACUCCUCUGCUUCUGUCACCAACCCCGGCACUUCUGAGACCUAUGCGACAAAUGGUGGGCGAACGCAGAUUCAGAUGUCCCUGCAGGAGGAGAACAAGUCAUUCGUUACCUUCUAAAAGUCCAGUAGAGGUGACGUCAUUGUUUUAUAUUUCAACUAAAAUCUAUCUGACAACCAUACGCAAUUUUAUUCUUUUUGUUAUUUUUAUUUUAGCCUCUGCUAAUUUUCUCCUGUAGAGCCCUGAGGUAUUACAGUAAAACAUUAAAUAACUCAUCUUUUUGUUUGUUUGUUUCUGAAAUACUUGUUUUAUGUUUAAUUGUACAAUUUUUAAAUUCUUUUUUUUUUUCUUUUCUUUUGACUUCCUCAUCUAAGAAAAUGCUGUUAAUACUGCUUAUGCUGGAUGGCAGUGCAUAACUUGGCUGUUUAGUUUUUGCAUGUUGCAUUAUUAUUUUAGCAUUAACAAUACUAACAAUAGUUCCUAAUCAUAACAUUAGCUUCGAAUCAUUAGUAUUUUUAUGUUUUUGGUCAAAACUUUCAAGUUUUGUAUUUUUCUGAUUCAUCUUCUGUUAUAAAACUGUGAGGAUUAAAGUUUUUUAUGCGGGAAAUAAAUGUGUAAGAAAAAAAUAUGUUUUUCCCAAUUUGCAUAUUAACAAGUUCACCCAGAUAAACACUUUUUUAUUAAAUUACAGAGAAACUGACAAGCUCCAGUAAUCCAUGGUUUACACAUCUUAGCUACAUCUGAUGAAUGGUUUGAUUUGUA